AUGUCCUUGAGCCCAAAGCACUCCACUCCCUUCUCAGUCACAGACAUUUUGAGCCCGAUGGAGGACAGCUACCGGAGGUUUGGAGGUAUGGAUCCCGCCGCGGGGAGCCUCGGGUCCCCGCUGGGCGCCUACCGGCAGCAGCAGGUCUCUCAGCCCGGUAUGCAGCAUCACUCUUCCUCAGCCUCGGCCACCGCAGCAGCCGCCGCACUGGGACCCGGCGGGCCCUACCAUGUGCCCCACGGGGUGCCACAGUUCUCCGGGGCCGUCGGCGGGUUCUGCAACGGCGGCAUCGGGAACGUUGGAGACCUGCCGUCCUACCAGGAGACGGUGAGGAGCGGAGGAGCUGCGGCGGCGUGGUACAGCAACCCGGAGCCCAGAUACCCGACAAUUUCCAGAUUCAUGGGCCCCUCCGCCGGGAUGAACAUGUCCGGGAUGGUGGGCAGUCUGGCCGGGAUGGACUCCACCGCCAAGUCCAUGGUGACGCUGCACGCGGCACCGCGCAGGAAGCGGCGGGUGCUCUUCUCUCAGGCGCAGGUGUACGAGCUGGAGCGGCGCUUCAAGCAGCAAAAAUACCUGUCUGCCCCGGAGCGGGAGCACCUGGCCGGACUGAUCCACCUCACCCCGAACCAGGUGAAGAUCUGGUUCCAGAACCACCGCUACAAACUGAAGCGGCAGGCCAAGGACAAGGCCGCGCAGCAGCUGCAGCAGGACGGAAGCGGAGGGGGAGGCGGCCUGUGCGCAACGAACCGCCGCUCCUCCUCCGUGUCCCCGGUCCUCUCCAAGAACGGUAAGAGCUGCCGGUCCGACUCCGACGGCUCCAACCAGGCCGGGAACCGACAGCGCAGUUCGGGGGAGGCCAUGACGGCGACCCCGCAGCAGCAGCAGCAGCAGCAGCAGCAGCAGCAGGUGAACCAACUGUCCUCUACGGACGACCUGGAGGAUUUGUCUCCUAGUCCGCCGAUGGGACUGCACGGUCAGAUCAACAUGACGCAAACGGACGCGGCGCUCAUCGAGUACACCAACAGCAUGAUCGGCUCCAAUUUACUGUACGGGAGGACUUGGUAG